CUGAUAUUAAAAUAAAAAUAUUACAACUUCAAAAGCUGUCUAUAUAAGUUGCACAUUCCGUUGUGAGAGAUAACAUAAAAUUUUCAUAUUACAAUUAAGUGAUCAAAUUAAAUGGCUCAAGCAAUAACAGUUCUCCUCGUUCUUCUCAUUAUUUCUCCGGCAGCAUUAGCCGUCACAUACACCGUCGGCGACACACGAGGCUGGAGUACUGGUUUCGACUACACCACCUGGCACGCCGGCAAGACUUUUACUACGGACGACUCCCUUCUGUUCACCUAUGGUCCCUCCCACACGGUGGAUGAAGUAAAUCAAGCCGAUUAUCUGAGCUGCAGCACCACUAGCCCGAUAUCCUCCUCCGCCACCAGCCCCACCACCAUUGACCUAACCGAAGCCGGUACGAGGUACUUUAUCUGUGUCACCAAUGGCCACUGCGCUCGCGGUCAGAAACUGGCUGUCACCGUCACCGCCGCGUCCGCCACUCCCGCCUCCCCACCACCGCCCGCAGGCGGCGCCGCCCCUUCACCACCCACACGAACUCCCACCACUCCGGCUACUCCUACAACUCCUACAACUCCGGCGACCCCCGGAACUCCGCCACGCACAGGAUCUGCUCCCCCACCGCCGAGUGGUGGUGCCGCCGCGGCUUUGAGCGGCAGGAGUACUGGAUUGGUGGCUGGAUUAUCAGUUGUUUUGGUGGCUGUGUUUGGGUUGAUGGGCUAGGCAAGAGGCAGUGCUAUUUUUUUUUUAUUUUUUUUUUAUUUAAUAUAUUUUUUUUUGUUUGGGUUUGAUUUGUGAUCACGUUGUUUGAUUCUCAUGUUGCUAAUUUUUUUUUUAAUUACUAUUAUAAUUGGUUGCUUUUGAAUAACACUUUAUGCACGUUAGGAUUUGUUUUCUAUUAUGUUUAUGUAAAUUGAGAGAUUAUUCAAUAAAUGGUAUUUCUUAUUGUUAAAAAG